GCGGCGGCUCACGUGACUAAUUCCCGGAAGCCACCUCUACAUGACCAGCGGUUAGCUACACAAAGUCUCCGCUCGUCCUUAUCUCAAAUUCAGCUAACGUUGGUUGUUUGUUUGUUGUUGAUGCCAUUUUCAUGUUGUUACUAAAUGUCUGUCACUAAUAUGAAUACGUUGAAUUUGAAGGCUUUAUUUGGUUGUAAAUAACAAUAUACAGACCACAGAGUAGAAGCCGCAGGCUACUUAAUUAAUAGCACGCACCCACAACCAAACAUGAACACGAUCAUAUCAGACAGAGUGCGCAAAUUAGUUUCUGCAACCUUGAUACAACCUUGGACAUGGCCGAUUAUUACCGCCCCAAAGGUCCAGCUCUCCAGUCUAUCCAGUGAGCCUGUCAUCGCUUCCAAAAAGCCUUUCAAGGUGGAGCUUGUAGGGGGAAAGCGUCACUCAUGGUGCACUUGUGGACACAGCAAGAAGCAGCCUUUCUGUGAUGGAACCCACAAGACUAAAGCCCAGGGCCUGAUGCCUCUGCGCUUCAUUCCUGAGAAGGACUCCAAAGCUUGGCUGUGUGGCUGCAAGUACACCGCUAACCCACCAUACUGCGACGGCACUCACAAGCAGGAAUUCAUCCAGUCUGCCCUGCUCCCAGAGAACACAGACUCCUGAAUGGAUAGGCACUGAAUAUUUUUUUGUCCUAUUCACUGAGGUGUGGGUCCUCUGAGUUCUGGUCCUGGAGAUGUAGGACCAGAAUCACUGGUUCAUAAAGUAGCUCUGCACUUGGGUGAUUGAUGGCAAACAGAUGACUUAUAUACAUAUCUUACAUACUGUGACAUGCUUAGAUCGGAUGUGAAAAGAGCUGAUGUGAUUGGUCAAAAGACUGAUUAGUGGAAAAAAUAUCAGAAUUGGGCUACCUGUCUAAACGCAGCCUUGGGAAACUGGGCUUAGCACUAGCUUCGAAAAAAUCUCCCAUUGUCAUCCAUACAAGAUUUGCAUGACAUAAGAGCUCUGUGAACAACUCAAUUAAGGAUUCAUCCUAUGAUAGGCAAUCUGCAAAGUGAUACUUGUUAUGGGGCAAUUCCACGAUAACAGAAUGAUUCAGAUAUUUCACUUCUUCAGAAUGUAAAAACCAAUGAUUAAAGAUAAUCAAACCAUUCAACUUUAUGCAUAAGGACUAGUUUUAACAAUUUCCACAAAACACAUUUACUUGAAGAGUGCAGAUGCAAAGUUUGGCAAAAUAAUCAUUUGUUUUAUCAUUCUUUGCAAUCAUUGGUUUAUGUUUGGCAUACAUUUUAAAGUGAAAAAUCUGAGUCACGGCAUCGUUCUGUUACCGUGGAAUUGACCUGUGUGUGGUAUGCACUGGUGCUUCUGUAAAUGUUUGAAAUUGUGAUGAAACAUAUUUAAAAUGUUAAUGCUCUGCUAAUGAUACGCACAAGUAUUGUAAUAGAACACUAAAUCUUAGGCUUGCUGUAAGUUGAAUUGUUUAAGAUGUGUUUUUAUAGAUCUAAAAAAAAGUAUUAUUCCCUCCAUGUUGUAUUCUGUCUGUGUUGAAAUUAAAACGAUCAAAUACA